CAGACUCUCACUGAUGACACUUGAUCUUCCGCUUCCGCGCGAGCCACUAUAACUGAUAACAGAACAAUAACAAACCCAGCGAAACUCGACAAAACUCCGUCAGACACCAGCAUCAUGUCUAGAAACGCUUUUCCAGAUCAGUGGAGCGGAGAGGAGGCGUUCGGAUCCGAGGAAGAGGAAGAGUGCGACAGAUCAGAGCUGAGGCUCGUUCUGAUUGGCCGCACAGGCUCAGGCAAGAGCGCCACAGGAAACACCAUCCUAGGACGACGUCACUUCCUGUCCGCGCUGAGGGCGGGUUCGGUGACACGCGUGUGCGAGUGUGGCCGAACGGACGAGGAUUCCAGCGGGACGAUGAAGAGCAUCCUCAUCGUAGACAUGCCAGGAUUCGGCGACACCCGGCUCGACGCGACUAGCAUUCACGCAGAAAUCGCGAAAUGCAUUGCACUCACGGCUCCUGGGCCACAUGUCUUCCUGCUGGUGAUCCCGCUCGGACGAUACACGGCGGACGAAGAUCAGGCCGUCGCACAAAUGCUGCACGUGUUCGGCGAAGAGGCGCUCCGCCACACGGUGGCGCUGUUCACGCGCGGAGACGAGCUGGACGAUGACGGCGGGAUCGAGAGUUUCCUCGAAUCGGCUCCAGAGCGACUGAAGAUCCUUCUGCGCGACUGCGGCGGACGCUACUGCGUCUUCAACAACCGCGCGCCGGAGAACCGUGCGCAAGUGAACGCACUGCUAACGAUAGUGGAUAGCAUGGGCGGAGCUUGUUACACCAACAGCGUGUUCCUGUACGCCGAUCGCGCAAUACGUGACGAGCAGCGGCGGCGCGGUCGCAGCAGACGCCAGGCUCUGCGAUCCGCGCUCAGUCGCGUCCGAAGCGAAGUCGCGCUCUCCGGGAAAGUUCUGGAGCGUGUGAAAGUGCUAGUUGCGGCGGGAGCCACCGGGAUGGCCGUAGGAGCUGUUUUCGGAGCCGCAGCUCCUUUGUCAAUCGCGGCGGGAGUCUCCGUGAUGGGCGGCGGAUCGGCGGCGGGAAGCGCAAUAGUAGCGGCGGUGACCGGAAAGAGCGCGAUGGCUCUGGGAGCAGCGACGGGCGGCGUUUUGGGAGGAUCGGUGGGAGCGCUAGCAGGCGCGGAGGCCGCGGGAACGAGAGAAGCUGCGCUGGAAGCAAUGCAGCAGGUGGGCGUGGUCGGUGCUGCGGUGGUGGGUGUGGCUGCAGGAGUGGGCGGAGCUGUAGGGGCGGGGUCAGCAUUGGGGGCGGUGCUACAGGGAGGAGCAAUAACUGCUGGCGAAACGGUUGCGUCAAAUGCGGUGGUUGCCGCAGGUAACGGUGGCAUGGGAACAACCGCGUGCAUUUUGAGCACCGUUGGCGAGAUCGGAAGAGCGGCGGCGGGAAUCGCGCUGGCCGGAGGACUGGUGAUCCGAGUGGUGAAGGAGAAAGUUCGGUCCGCUUCGGAAAACAGCUUCACUGAACACAGCUCUUACGAGGUCCACUGGAACAAGUGAGCGAUGCAGACACAGCGUUUGGAGCGCAGUGCUAAUGUUUACGAUUGCGCUACAUUGCGUUACGAGCGUUGUGAGAAAUUAUACGGAGCAG